AUGCUCGGGGUAUUUGCCCGGGCCUAUGAUCUUUAUGAUCUUGCGGGAAGAUCGAUGCAUAGAGCAUCCCGGUAUUACCUCGACGCAGGUUGGUUCUGCAGGGAGCCGAAAAAAAGCACUGCAACGGAGAAGGCCGAGUUGAGGAAGGAGGAAGGGCGAUGCUUAGGUUCCAGUCGAUACUUUCUCUACUCUACGCACGUGCACACGGACGCGGGGGUGCUGCGGGACCUGGCGGGUGCGGGUGGUGCGGGGGAGGCACUAGCGAAGGCGCGGCGGUUGGCGUCGCACCUGUAUUUGCCGGGGGUGCUGGUGACGACGCAGCCGCAUGGGCGGGUGCGGAAGGAGGCGUGGGGUGGGGGGCACGACGUUCACGAGGGUGCUGAGGAGCUGCGAGUCGCGGGAGCUGGUGGCGGAGUUGGUGGAGGGGGAUGGCAGGGAGGGGUGUGGGUUGUGGGCGGGUGGGCGUGGGAUGGGAUGGUGCUGCUGGAGGGGUGUGUGGUUAGUGCGAUGAGGGUUGCGAGGGACUUUGGGGUUGAGGUGGAGUGGUGA